GAAAUUAUUGGGAAAUAAUGUGGAUAUUUCUUAGACGUGGACCAGAAACCCAAAUAGCCCUCAUCCCUGCUGGUAGGACAUCACCAACCCGCCAACCCUCCAUAUCUUCAAAACAUCAUCAUUUGGAGUGCGUAUUGUGUCAGAUAUGGCUGACCAGAGUGAGGAGACCAUGGAAGAGGAGGAGAUGGUCAGGCAAUCUCAAGAACCCGAACAAAGAUCGAUGGCUGUUUAUGAAAACAUUCAACCGUUGCCAGAAACAAGAGACUUAGUGAGAGCAGAAAACACACAAAUGCUUCAAGCAGGAGGUGCCAAUGUGAUGCAAUCUAUGGCUCUACACCACACAGACGGCAGCGGUAAUUUGGCUGUUAUAAAUCCUAGUCACUGUACAAUUAACAUUGUACAGCUGAAGCCAGGAGCAACAGAGGAUGUUUUACCUGCAUUGGAGAAAUUAACUGCCUCCUCAAAACAGAAACAAGCUUCGGAUUCAGUAGUGAAACCAACAGAUAAUGGAAAUGUGCAAAGAGCCCAUCCACCGAAAGAUCCAACCCAGGUUGCUGCAAAGAGCUGUAGAAAGGUGCUGGUUACACUGCAACCCCAGGAGAUGUCCGAUCGUAUGCUUGCAUCUCAUGAAGAAGUAAUGAAGAAUGGUGAGACUCAUCACAGACAACAUACCCUGGAGGAGUUUGCUAUCGAUCACUUUAGACCACCUCCUAAUAAGAGGACAUUGAGUAGCGCUGUAAAGCAUCGUACUAGGGAUAACCUGUGGAGUUACACCAAAGAAGCUAUUAGACAACCUCUGAUGAAGAAACUGCUGAAUAAUCCGGAGAUGGCUGAACAAGCCUGCGAUGCUUUUGAAGCUGUUCUGAAGUACAUGGGUGACUUCCCAACAAAGAGGUCAUAUCGUGAUCGUCUUGAUAAUGACCUCUCAGUUAAAAUAUUUGAAUCUCCAUUGAAGAAUGAGCCAUUGAAGGAUGAGAUUUAUUGUCAGCUCAUUAAGCAGCUGACGGAUAACAGACGAAAAUUGAGUGAAGAGAGAGGUUGGGAGUUGAUGUGGCUGGUUACCGGCAUCUUUGCCUGUAGUCAAACCCUCAUGCCAGAAGUUAAAAAGUUUCUACGUUCAGCAGAUAAUCAACUUUCUGCUGAAUGCCUCCAUCGAUUGAAGAACCUGGUUCGUUUUGGUCAACGUAAAUACCCCCCUCACUUGGUGGAAGUACAGGCAAUUCAGCACAAGACUAGACAGAUAUAUCACAAGGUGUAUUUUCCUGAUGACACAGCUGAGGUUUUUGAGGUCACUUCAGGAACGAGGGCCAAAGAUAUCUGUCGGAAUAUUGGUCAACGACUACGGUUGAAAUCCUCGGAAGGAUUCAGUUUGUUUGUUGAGGUUGAUGGUUAUGUGACCAGUGUACCAGUACCAGAGGGUGAUUUCUUUCUUGACUUUAUGCAAUAUCUGAUGGGAAGGAUCAGCAGGACAGCUAGACCAAGCAGAGAAGGAUCAAUGGCAAUAACCUACAAGGUAGCCUUCAUGAAGAAGUUAUGGACCAACACAGUACCAGGUCGUGAUCCAAUAGCUGAUGUCAUCUUUCACUACCACCAGGAGCUUCCUAUGCUCCUACGAGGUUACCAUAAAUGUUCCAAGGAGGAAGCUGCUCAGCUAGCUGCUCUUCAGUACCGGGUCAGAUUCGGCGAUGAUAAAUCUGAGUUUCAGAAUAUUCCUCGGAUGACGAAGAAAUUACUGCCGUUUGAUAUGAUUAGGGUUAUGUCUCCUGAGGAAUGGAAGAGGGCUAUUGUUGCUGCUUACAACCAACAUUCUGGCAAGUCUAGGGAUAAAGCUAAAAUUGCGUUCUUGAAGAUCGUUUACAGAUGGCCAACGUUCGGCUCAUCAUUCUUUGAAGUCAAGGAAACAUCCGAACCAAGUAUGCCUCAGAUUCUCAUGAUUGCAAUCAACAAACUUGGGGUGAAUUUGAUUGAUAAAGGCACUAAGGUGACCCUUGCCACGUACCCCUUCACUAAGAUAUCCAAUUGGAGCAGUGGUAGUACCUACUUCCAUAUGACCAUUGACAAUCUAGUCAUGGGAACCCAGCUACUCUGUGAAACAUCACUGGGCUACAAGAUGGAUGACGUUUUGACCGCUUACAUCAGCCAAAUGCUGACCAUCAAACUAGCAACGAGCUAACAAUCGCAAGUAACUCAUAUAUACAAAUCAUCUCUUAAACCAGUUCUACCAGCUGAAAUUGGGAAUAACUAGUUCCACUCACCAGUUUAUAACAGAACAGGGGUGGAUUCUACAAAGAGAUAGGACUAGUCUUAUCUCAAGUAACGACGAGUUACUCGUCCUAACUAAGGACUAGCCAUGCGUUUUUUGGUCAUCACAAUGGGCCAUAUUUUUGACCGCGUGAGGGCGCUCUCAAUCACUUCCGGGGGUAUAUUCAUUCAUACGCA